AUGACAAACGGGAAACGUUUGGCAGUAGUGGAUAAAUUAUUAGAAUUCCCUGUAUUAGCUGAUACCAUCAGUUAUAUCGGAAAUACGAAAUAUGGGAUCACAGCAUUUAACCUAACUUCAUCGGCGGUUAACACUGUUUCGAAUGUAACGAAACCGGUCUCAGAGCAAUUUCAAGAUCAAAUUGCCAUGGCUGAUAAAGUUGCCGCCGAGUCUGUUGCAUACAUUGGGGAGAAGUUUCCGAUUGUUCGAAGACCAACCAGCGAAGUUCUUGGCAAGGUAAAAACGCCUAUUACAACUGUUAGGCAGUAUCAAGAAACGUUCGGGAACACAUUUGAUAAUAAAUUUACUACACCAACAAAAAUUAUUUUUAAUCAACGCGUAGCCGUUCCUAGCCUGAAUAUGGCAAAGGCGGUUGAUUCAAGUUUAACUAUUGUUGUGGAUAAAUUAGAAGUUGCUGUAUACACAUGGCUUCCGGAAGAAGAUUCAAAUAGUAACGAAAGAGAUAUUAAUAAUUCUGUUCCAUCUAGUGAUACAUUUCAAACAUUCCGGGCCCUUAAUCUUGCUGAUGUAGGAAGACAACGUCUUACCAAGAGGUUUAAAACCAAAUUACACAAUACUACUUCAACUUAUAACUUUGCUCAAUUGCAAGAAUCAAAUGUGCUUUUAAAACAAGCAACUGAUACCGUGGCGAGUUUGAAUCAAAUUUUAACUGGUAUGGUGGUGAAUGUUAGGGACAGCGUCCAAAAUCCAGAAAAUUCUUUUAAUAUUCAAUCACGCCUUCAUGAUCUUACCACCUUGCUUCUCGGUGAUUUGAAUAACAAAGAAGAUCUUCAGAAAACCGUUUCUACGCGAAUAAUUGAUCUUUCUCAGGCAUUAGUGGCUACCACGGACUCUAUCUCUGCAUAUAUUAAACAAAAUGCAAAGAAUUUCCCUGAGGCUCUUCAAUUCCGAUUGCAUCCUCUGGUAAACUUUUUCGAAGAACGAUAUGCAGAUAUUGUAAAAGAGAUUAAAAAUGGUGAAGGCACUCCGACAGAAAAAGCUCGUAAUAUCGUUAACGUUACUACGCAACACACACUUCCUCUAUUACAAUCAUCUCUCACUGAUUUUCAAGAAUUAUUACAAUUUUAUAAAACUUCAUUGGAGACAUCAGUAAAUAAUACAGCAGAAAAGGUUAAAACGACUGUAGGAAAAUCUGCACAAAUGCUCGGAGUCAAUUAA